UUGUAUAUAUAUAUACACACACCCACCCACACACAUCAAAGAAUUCAUGUGUAACAUAUACAAAAGAAAAGAGAAAAUAGAAAAAAAAAGGGUGAUAGGAUAGGAAGGCGUGCAAGAAUAAAAUAUGAUAAAUGGGCUCCAACUAGAGAUCACUUUGGAAGUGAAAUGGCAAACAAACUGACAAGCAUGCAUAUCCAAACACCAUUUCCAUGCUCUCUCUCUCUCUCUCUCGUUUUCCUCUGCUCAUGCAUCGGUUCUUCUGCUUUCUAUUCCCUUAUAAAUAUAGCUCCCAGCUUCCAGAAUCUAUGAAAUAUACCAUCACACAUAUAAACCCUUCUCUCUCUCUGAAGGAAUUGACCGAUGGAAUGGAGGGAAUGCUACCUAGACGCGACCUUGGUGCCAUUAGGGCUUAUGAUAUCAGCCAUGUAUCAUGUUUACUUGUGGCACAAGGUACGCACAAAGCCAUUCACCACCGUUUUAGGAGUCAAUGCCGGAGCUCGCCGGCUCUGGGUCGAUUCCAUCAUCAAGGACAACGACAAGAAGAACAUCCUGGCUGUCCAGACCCUGCGAAACAUCAUAAUGGGAUCGACAUUGAUGGCUACGACCUCCAUCCUCCUCUGCGCCGGGCUCGCAGCGGUCAUCAGCAGCACGUAUUCCGUGAAGAAGCCCAUCAACGACGUCGUUUUCGGUGCACACGGUGACGUCAUGGUGGCUCUAAAGUACGUCACCGUCCUCACCAUCUUCCUCUUCUCCUUCUUCUCUCACUCCCUCUCCAUUCGCUUCAUGAACCAAGUCAACUUCCUCAUCAACGUCCCCAUCUCCCUUUCACCGGAAAAAUCGCCGGAGGAGGAGCCGGUGGUGGUGACGGCGGAGUAUGUGACGGAGCUGCUGGACAAGGGUUUCGUACUUAACACCGUCGGGAACCGAUUGUUCUACGCGGCCAUCCCUCUGAUGCUUUGGAUUUUCGGGCCGGUGCUCGUGUUCUUCUGCUCCGUCGUCAUGGUUCCCGUGCUUUACAACCUUGAUUUCUUGUUCUUGAGCAAGUUCCAGAGUGGAAAGACCGAGAAAAUCCAUGGCUGUAGAUCUGUUUAGUGUAAUGAUUCCGGUAACGUAGCCCAACUGGUUUUCUCUAGAACAACGGUUAAGAACAAGAGAGAUGAUGUCAUGUUCGAAUCAUAUAUGACUUUUCACAUCGUCACUCCAUUGGCAUGCAUAUAUACAUAUAUAUGUAUUUGUAUGUAUCGUUUGUGUUUGCGUAUGAAUUUGUGUGUGUGUGUGUCACGUGCUUACGUCACGGGAAUCAAAAUGGGAAAAUAUGAGGUAUGAUGUUUCACGUUUUGAUUGGAAAAUGCGAGAAUUGGAACGACGCUUUUUAUUU